AUGAUCUUUGCGAGUCUCGCGCGCGAAUGGAUAGCAAGACCAGGUUGCGCAAAGCGUGCGAUGCAUGUAGCAUCCGAAAGGUCAAGCAAGCGUCGAGGACCUCCCAAUCGACACGCCGAGGCGCUCAAGAAACAAAAGAUUGAAAGUGAUUUGUCUGCAUCUGCAGCCUCAGGACCCUCGCCUCAUGUCGGUGUCAGCACUGCGACAGCGACAGCAGCAUCCAAUGCGAACCUCCAACCCGCCCCUGUGGCCCUAUCUGGAGAAUCCAUCUGUCCCUUACCGACGUUGCAACGCCUUGUGGACGACUUCUUCACGUUUAUCCACCCACUGAUCCCUAUUCCUCAUGAACCCACCUUCCGAGCAGCUUUCGCGCGAAGAGAAGAUGUCACCAACAAGCGAUUCCUGGCCCUGCUGGCGGCCAUGAUCGGGACUUUGGUAGCUUCUUUUCCUCGACGUCCCAAGCUACAUUUGCGGACAGAGGCAGAAAAGCGGCAGUAUCCGCAUUCCAUGGCUCUGGUCAGGAAAUGCCAUGAUGUCGCCAUUCAGGCUCGAGGGCCCGGGUAUCUCGACUGGAGCAACACCGUUGAUGAUGCUGCCAUCAGCUAUUUCCUGGGCCUCUGUUCUGGCUACGUCUACAACAUCCGGCGUUGUCGAAUAUACCUCGGGGAGAGUAUGACCAUCAUUCGAGUCCACGGCUUGCACAAGGGCACUCAAGCCAGUGCGAUAAUGAGCCCGGGGUCAGCGUCAUCCAUUUCCGGCUCCAGCGAGUCUUUUGCGAGCCCAUCUGACUCGGCAACCGACCUUAUCAGCCAGGAACUGGGGCGACGACUCUUUUAUAUCUGCCUCGUGGGCUUCCAGACUUUGCAGCAGCUAGGAUCGUCGGAUGGGAGACACUACGUUCCCCCCGAGACUCCUACGGAAAGCUACCCUCCCUUGCCGCUCGAAGUGGACGACGAAUACAUCUUCCCGACGCAUAUGGAGGCUCAGCCUCCGGGGAUUGUUUCCCAGCUCACGGGGUUUAAUGCCAAUGUCCGUGUCUUCCAUUCGUACAACUCUUUGUCGGCGUGGGAGAUCGCAUUUGGAGGCGGGGAAGUCUUCGACUGGGAACGACAGCGGAAGCUGAUCUGGGAAUGCCUGCAGAAGGCGAAGAACUCGCUGUCGGAUCUGCCGCCGGAGCUGGUUCUUCAGGAGGGUCAGACGACGCCGUCGCCGUCGAUGGGCGUGGCCUGGGAUCCUAACACGGGAGCAGAGGAGCUGGCCAGAGAACGGCGCAGGAUCCAAUACGAGAUCCAAAAGGCCAACAUCUACAUCAGCCAGCUAUCCACACGGUCCUACCUGGUUGACAAGUACUGGAGUCUCUACGAAGGACACAAAAGGCUGCACAAGACGACGUCGCAGAUGCCAUCACCAGAGACGACGUUGGCGACAGCAGCAGGCACGGUGAAACCUGAGACGGGAGAGCCAGAGACCCCCGAUGCAGAUCUCCACGCGCAGAUCGACUACAUCGGGCAGAUGAUGCGAGAGGAGCGCGGCCUGGUGAUCCAGGAUCUGCUACGUCUGCUUCGGAACGUGUGCGAGAUCAACAUCGAGCCCAACGGCGCCAGUUUCACCAACAAAGUCCGUCAAAUCGCGUCCACACUACUGAACCGCCGCCCCGGAGCCGGCGGCCCUGCUGAUUCCGCGACAAGCGAAGCUGCAGCGACGACAGGUCCGCAGCCGAUCAGCACCGCUGAGGCAGAGAACUACCUCCGCACGUUUCUCGACAUUCUAGUCCGUCUCGAGGGAGUUGGACCUGGUGCGGGGAUGACGACAGCAGCCACAGCAGCAGCAGCAACAACACCAACAGGAGCAACGACGACGACAGGAGGCCCCAGUCCCGAAAUUCCGCGAGGUAUGAGUUACGGCGGCUCAGUCACUGAAGAGGAGGAGGAGCUACGACAGUGGGCGAGUUUCAAGGAGUUUCAGAGAAGUAUGUACAUACAUGUUCAUGUGUAG